CGCGCCGCGCUUCGCCGCGUGCAGAUGUGUCGCAGAUUCUUUUGAGAGAAACGUCUUCGGUGGGCAAGUUGAAAUGGUCCUCGACGAGUCGCCCCCUUAAAGCCCAGCGAGGCGUCGGAGGCGGAAAAGACGCCACUUUUUUUUCCCCUCCAGUCCUUCACUUGAUGGAGCUGUCAGCGAUCGGCGAGCAAGUGUUCGCCGUGGAAUCCAUCAUGAAGAAGAGAGUUCGCAAGGGCAACGUGGAGUACCUGUUGAAAUGGAAAGGAUGGCCUCCAAAGUACAGCACAUGGGAACCUGAAGAACACAUUCUGGACCAGCGUUUAGUCCAAGCCUAUGAAGAGAAGGAGCAAAGAGACAGAAGUUUGGGUCACAGGAGGAAACGUUCAAAGACCAAAAGACUACUUAUGCAGAACACAGUCUAUACCAUGGAUCUCCGCAGCGCUCACAAGACUACAGACGUGCCCAAACCACGAUUACGUCUCUCCCUGACACGCUCGCUACUCCCAGAGGAAGAAGAAGAAGAGGAAGAAGAAGAAGAAGAGGACGAUGACGAUGAAGAAGAGGACCGGUCGUACAUUGCCUGGAGGAGGGCGUCCCGGUACGACGAGCGGCGCAAACGGAGCGGAUGCCUCAACACGAGGCUGGCGCAGGAGCGUUGGAAAAGGCUGACAGUGGAAGAAGAAGUUGAAGAGCACACUGGAGAAGAAGUGGAGGAGAGCGAGGAAGAGACUACAGAGAAGAGCUCAGGACAGUUGAAGUCUGCAAAAUGGAUCCCCGUGUCGGCAGAGACCCCCGACGCGACAUGGAGGCCCGCCGUCGGCCCGGCGGAGGUGACGGUCACCGACGUCACCAUCAACGCUCUCACCGUGACCUUCCGAGAGGCGCGCGCGGCUCGAGGGUUCUUCCGGGAAUUGGGGCUGGAGGUGUGAACGUUUGAAAAAUAAUCCUCGGAGCUCAGACUUGAACAGAACACAGAUCAGACACGUUUUUUACAUGUAGUCGACAGGAGAAAGAAAAUGCAAGGCUAACGAACAGUCACGGUUUGGAAUGCUUAGUAUCUUUUGCCAUCUUUGCACUUUUAAUGAGCCUAACGGUUUCACCGUCGUAAUUUAUUUCUAUUUUGAAACUACUGUUGUCAUAUAAAUGCUGCUAAGUGGAACCCCUAGUGGUCAAAAACUCAAAACUAGUGUUGCACUAACACCAUAUUUUUUAGCUCCCAAUACCAAAUCCGACCCCCGUCGAUGUCAAUACUGUAUCAAUACCACAUUUUUGAAACUACUAAAUUACUGCAUACUCACUUCAGUGUCAAAUAGGGCUGUAGCUAUCAAAUAUUUUAGUAAUCGAUUAAUCGAUGGACUAGUUAGUUUAAAUAAUCGAGUAAUCGGAUAAGGAACAUGAAAAAUUAAAAUACCUGAGCUGAGCCUCAAAUGUUUUGUUUUUUUUUAAAUGAGGAUCUAUGUAAAACAAAAGAACAAUUGACUAACUUACGUACAAAAAUUCCGCUAGCUUAAAUGGAAUAAAAUGCUAAAGUUUUUUUUACAAUGCUUUUAACAAAUGGUUCAGACACACAUUCCCACAAAAAAUGGCUAAAUAUACCUAUAAACUACUAAAUUAUGAAUGCAUUAAAAAACAUUAGCUCAAAAAAAAGCUUAGCUUACGUUGGUCAUAACAGAAAGCAGUUGGAUUCAGCCAUGAGAAAAGAGGCAGAGGGCAGUGUAUCCACCCUAAUCAAUAAAACUAAAUGCAAACACUUUCAAAAUAAACCAAUAUUACGCCACUUUAAUUAAACAAAUACUCGAAGCAACAAACUUUAAUUCGAAUAUUUUUUUUUUUAUAAUUGAAUACUCUAGUUAAUCGAUUAAUCGUUGCAGCACUAAUGUCACAAACUACUUAACUCAGAGAAAGAAUUUUGACAUUAGUCUUAAUCUUUGAGUUAGCAGGGGUUUAAUUAUUCGGUGGAGUUGAUUUCAACAAAUUCCGUCCAGUUUGUCAGUUAUUUGUUUGUUUUGUUCGGGUUCCAGAGUGGCUAAGCUAACGCGAGUCAAUGGUGCUUGAUUAGCAUGCCAAUAAAAAACGAUAUUUACAGAUCUAACAUAGUCAAAAUAAAUUCAAAAUGCAGAUCAUUGUACGAAAAACAUGCGGCGAAAACAACGUGACACCAAACUGCCGUCAUUCAUUUCAUUCUGCAGGACUAUUUUUUUAGAUGCGUAAUGCAACCACAGUAGAGAGGAGUGCUUCGGCUACUCGUGCUCAGUCUGCUGGGGAGUCCCUUUCGUUCCCACAAAAAAUAUAUAUAUAUCAGUGGUGAAAAAAAACGUAGUGAUAUCAAUCCGCCCUGCUUGCCUAGACAGUUUAUUCCCUGCAGAGCUGCUGGAUUACAAAUGUUGCUGUUCAUAUUACAAUUAGUGACAUGUAAUGGUAAAUUGUAAUCACUUUAUUCUGAAAUCAUAGCCAACACUAUUGACUGCAUGGGCCAUCGGUGAUUUUAAUGUGUGCAUACGUUAUUUUUUAUUGGUAUGCUAAGAACGCACCAUUGACUCGCGCUACCUUAGCCACUCCGGAGCCCUGAAACUAACAAACUGCAUGGAAUUUGUUGAAAUCAACACCACCGACGAAUUGAACUCCCGCUAACUCGAAGAUUGACAUGUCAAAAAUUCUGAACUUCCCCUUUAACUCAUGAGUGCCAUUGACGGCACUUGGCGUCCAAUUCAUUGGAAGUGGGAGGGCUAAAAAUCGUUCAUUCGGUGCCACCCUCCCACUUCCAAUGGAUUGAAAUCUACUAGUGAUUCAAAUCAUGGCAAAGCAUGAAAAGUUCAUUGCCCCUACUAACAUGGCCUCAAGGCGGCCAUGUUGGUAGGGGCGAUGUUCCCAUCAGUGUCGUUUUUGGCAGCCCUUUUAAUUUUCGUCUUAGUCUUAUGAACAAUAAUACUUAUUAGUCUUAAUCAUAUUUAAGUCAUCUCAAAAUGUGUCUUCAUCUAUUUUUUGUUUGACGAAAAGACUAAUUUCGUUAAUUUUAGUCGAGGUUUACUAAAAAUGUUUACUAAAAAUGUCUGUAGAUUUUUUGAAAAUUUACUCCAAAAAUAAAGAUUUCCAACUAGUUUGAAUUAACAUUGACAGACUAACACAUAUCGUAGCAUCUACAAGGACAACGCCAACUUGGUGAUAAUACACACUUAGCAGGAAAACACUACGUUACUUUCAAUUAAUUAAAUGGACGCCACAAACUAUUUUUAAAAAGUUGUCCCAGAGUUUAAAAGGACGCUCGCCGUUAGCAUUAGCCUAAGGCUAACGCUAAUGCUAUGCUAGGGUUGGGCAUCGUUUUAAUUUGAACGAUUACGAUUCAACGUUUCCAUUCCGGUUCUAAACAAUUCUCAAUUCCAAUUCUUUUAAUAGGCAGGGUCAAAAAAAUUGCAUAGUUUAUAUUAAUUUCUUAACUUCUCGAAUAUUUUUUAAAUGACCUUAUAUUAUAUAUUAUUAACUAUGAAUUUCUCACAGGUCUAUUUUUAACGUUUAUAUAAAUAACAGUGUUUGAAUAUGAUGAAGUUUCUCUGCACAGGAGUGAACUUUCACAAAGAUGUUUAUUUUUCAAAAGCUCAAGGAGAAAACAUUUACACAUAUUCUUUAGCCUACAGUGGGGCAAAUAAGUAUUUAGUCAACCAGCAAUUGUGCAAGUUCUACUUGAAAAGAUUAGAGAGGCCUGUAAUUGUCAACAUGGGUAAACCUCAACCAUGAGAGACAGAAUGUGGAAAAAAAAAAGAAAAUCACAUUGUUUGAUUUUUAAAGAAUUUAUUUCCAAAUUAGAGUGGAAAAUAAGUAUUUGGUCACCUCCAAACAAGCAAGAUUUCUGGCUGUCAAAGAGGUCUAACUUCUUCUAACAAGGUCUAAUGAGGCUCCACUCGUUACCUCUAUUAACCCUCAGUCAGUCACACUCCAGACUCCACUAUGGCCAAGACCAAAGAGCUGGCGAAGGACACCAGAGACAAAAUUGUAGACCUGCACCAGGCUGGGAAGACUGAAUCUGCAAUAGGUAAAACGCUUGAUGUAAAGAAAUCAACUGUGGGAGCAAUUAUUAGAAAAUGGAAGACAUAUAAGACCAAUGAUAAUCUCCCUUGAUCUGGGGCUCCAAUCAAGAUCUCACCCCGUGGCGUCAAAAUGAUAACAAGAACGGUGAGCAAAAAUCCCAAAACCACAUGAGGGGACCUAGUAAAUGACCUACAGAGAGCUGGGACCACAGUAACAAAGGCUACUAUCAGUAACACAAUGCCACCAGGGACUCAAAUCCUGCACUGCCAGACGUGUCCCCCUGCUGAAGCCAGUACACGUCCAGGCCCGUGUACGGUUCACUAGAGAGCAUUUGGAUGAUCCAGAAGAGGACUGGGAGAAUGUGUUAUGGUCAGAUGAAACCAAAAUAGAACCUUUUGGUAGAAACACCGGUUCUCGUGUUUGGAGGGAAAGAAUACUGAAUUGCAUCCAAAGAACACCAUACCCACUGUGAAGCAUGGGGGUAGAAACAUCAUGCUUUGGGGCUGUUUUUCUGCAAAGGGACCAGGACGACUGAUCUGUGUAAAGGAAAGAAUGAAUGGGGCCAUGUAUCGAGGGAUUUUGAGUGAAAAUCUCCUUCCAUCAGCAAGGGCAUUGAAGAUGAGACGUGGCUGGGUCUUUCAGCAUGACAAUGAUCCCAAACGCACAGCCAGGGCAACAAAGGAGUGGCUUCGUAAGAAGCAUUUCAAGGUCCUGGAGUGGCCCAGCCAGUCUCCAGAUCUCAACCCCAUAGAAAAUCUGUGGAGGGAGUUGAAAGUCCGUGUUGCCCAACGACAGCCCCAAAUCAUCACUGCUCUAGAGGAGAUCUGCAUUAAAGAAUGGGCACAAAUACCAGCAACAGUGUGUGAAAAGCUUGUGAAGAGUUACAGAAAACGUUUAGCCUCCGUUAUUGCCAACAAAGGGUACAUAACAAAGUAUUGAGAUGAACUUUUGGUAUUGACCAAACACUGAUUUUCCACCAUGAUUUGCAAAUAAAUUCUUUAAAAAUCAAACAACGUGAUUUUCUGAGGGGGUUUUCCACAUUCGGUCUCUCAUGGUUCAGGUUUACCCAUGUUGACGAUAACAGGCCUCUCUAAUAUUUUCAAGUGGGAGAACUUUAGUGGUUGACUAAAUACUUAUUUGCUCCACUGUAUAUAGCUGGAUUAGCCCAAUGUAAUAAUACGAUUUAUUCUCGUACUAUUCCAUCCAUCCAUCAUCUACCGCUUAAUACGGUGUCGGGUCGCGGGGGCAGGAGAAGACAGACCUAAUUUAUUGUUUUACUUACCUGGUACUGACUGGUUAGAGGACUGGCGCAGGGUGUCAAAUAAGCAGCACUCAGCUAUGCACUUGGCACUAGACACGUGUAUUUCAUGAAGCUGGAGGUGUUUAAUCAUAUUGGUCGUGCAGACAUCUUUGCAUGAUAUAGCUUGAAGGAAUCUGACCUUCUAGCCAGACUGCUGGAAUCGCGCUGGCACAGCUCCAACAACUUGGGCUGACGAGACCCGACAAGCCGGCCACAAGGUCAAACUCCGCCCGUUCACCUUAGUACCCUUUGUACUGACUCCAUUUUGAAAGGUUUAAAGAAGGCUCACCGAAAACAAGUUGACAAUUUAUUCAGGUCGACAGCGAUCAUCAGUAAGGCGAAACAGACUCAGGUGGAGAGGCAAACUCACUCCAAGGUCACCAUAUCACACGUCAACACAAGGUUUCCGGGGAAAAAAUGACAACGCUUAGUUAAACAUUCAGUCUUUUGAAGGCUCUCGCGGGGCAGGCUGUGGGCAGGAAGAAGGGUGUGUUUGGGAUUAUUGUCUGUUUGUGGAUUGGACAGGAGGAUUCAGGAGUUACUGUUGUCAGGGCAACGAGGGUUGUAGAUUUUACAAACUCAGCGUCAAAGGGGCUCUUGGAGUCUUAUCAUUCGUGUUAUCUGUUGGAUAUCAGCCGUUCUCCAGGUGGAGUGGGAACCUCUUGGUACCUUACGAUACGAUAAGAUUUGCGAUACAAAGCUCACAAUAACGAUGGUCUGACGAUAUGGCGAUACAACGAUUAUCGAUACAUUGUUACAUUGGUCGAGGAUUUUCUACAAACAAAUAAUAAUAAUAAUAAUAAGUUUCUGCUGUGAAUUGGAAUGGGUUUAUCACUAGUAGACGUCCAAUCCAUUUGAACUGGGAGGGUGGCAUCCCCACAAAUGUACCCAAAUGACCAGAUAUCACUAGGACACGCCCCCAAAUGACCUGAUAUGACCAGGCCACGCCCCCCAAAUGUUCCCAAAUGACCCGAUAUGAGCAGGCCACGCCCCUAAAUGUCCCCAAAUCAACAGGAAGUGACCUGAUAUUGUCCCCAAAAUUUCCCAAACCAACCUGGGCGGGGCUAAGAUCUGUAUCUCCACACAGCAAAGACCCAGAGUAAUUUCUCCAGAAAUUACAGUUUCUAGUUAUUUUAUAUCGGGUAUGUUAGAGUAAUACAGUCAAACAGUAAAUAUAAGAAACAAUACUAUUCCCUGAUUGAUUAUAUUAAAUGUGUUAGAGUAAUACAAACAAUUAGACGGUGCCUACCAGAAAAGGUACUAUCGCCUUCAAGCUGUGUUGCAAAUGUUGCACUGAGCUGACUGGUCAUUUGUCUUUAUGAAGUUGAGCCAAACUUUUGAGCGCCACCACACCGUGUCCAUGGUUGAAAUCAAGUUCCAAUGCACAAACACAUGCUUAAUGUGGCUUCUUCUUCGUGCUGUUCGGCAGCUAUUUUUCGGAAAAUUCGAACGGUUCCGGGAGCAUCGGAGUGUUAGUCCCAGAUCCCAUCGAUGCCCAACCCUAAUGCUAACACUACGAGUUACAAUUAGUGUGUGAUGAUCACUCAGUACAGACCUUUGAAGGGUAAAGCAACAUUGCAUAUUCUGUCUGGCCAAAGAAAGUAAAUCUUACCGUGUGUGCAAGUUUGGAGACGACACACCGGUGUGUCGGAGUGGGGUGCGCAGCAGGUCACACGAGUGGCACAACCAGACACUGUUACGGUGCAGGCUAACUACACAUUAAAAGUCAUAUAUUGUGAACAUGUGACUGAAACUAUGGCGUAUUUUCAUCUCGUCUCGUCAGACGAAAACUGGCAUUAGUCUCGUUAUGUUUUAGUCUCCCAAAACAUUUGUAGCUCAUUAUCGUCUCGUCGUCGUCAUGAAAAAAAUUGUUCGUUGACCAAAUAUUUUCAUUAUCGUCAUUGUAGACAAAAACAAUACUGGUUCCCAUCAAAGUCAAUGCACGAAUAAUUAAAAUGAAGUCAUGACUAGGUUUUUACUAUUAUUAUUAUUUCAAAGAAUAUUUCAUCAAUGUCAAGGCAACUGCUAUUUACUGAUUGGCUGCCACUGAUGGCGCUACACAUCCGUUUCAUUUGAAAUGGGAGGUCAUUUUAGUGCAGCAUCGGUACCGAUACUGGUAUGACUGCAACACUACUCAAAACACAGAUCCUUUAACUCUUUCCCUGCUAUUGACAGCAACAGUUGUUAAAUGUGAUUUGAAAUGGGCUAGCUAGCAAUGUACGAUCAUUAUUUCGCUACAGUGACACAAGUCCAAGCAUAGACUUCAUAAUAUACUGACAGGGCGCAGGGCCGAUUAAUAGGGGGCCUGCAUUGUUGGCGUGGCCGUCAAAGCUGACCGAGUGGAAUCACAGCUUUUUCCGUUAAAAAUUAUUGUGAAUAAAUGCUUAAAUCCCUGAAUUCUUUAUUGAUAUUGAUGCAAAACAGGCUCGAUUCUUGGUUAAAAGCAAAAAAAAAAAAAAACCCUGCAAGUAGCAUUUAUUUUAAGUAAAUAUGUCGAAGUACAAUGCUAGUCUGUUUAUGAAUGCAGCUAGCAGCCGCCUUAUGUAAACAGCUUUUCCAGUGAAAAUUCAUGUGAAUAAAUGCUUAAAUCCCUGAAUUCUUUAUAGAUAUUGACGCAAAACGGGCUCGAUUCUUGGUUAAAAGCAACAACAAAAAAACCUGCAGUUAGCAUUUAUUUUACGUAAAUAUGUCGAAGUACAAUGCUAGUCUGUUAGUGAAUGUAGCUAGCAGCCGCCUUAUGUAAACAGAGCUUUUCCGGUAAAAAUUCUUGUGAAUAAAUGCUUAAUUCCCUGAAUUCUUUAUAGAUACGGACAUAAAAUAGUCUCAAUUCUUUGUUAAAAGUGCAAAAAACUGGACAUUUAGCGUUUAUUUUACGUAAAUAUUAGGGGUGCAACGAUUUGAACCUCGGUUUUGGCAUCACGGUUUCGGUUCGGUUUCGGCUUGCGUUUUGCUUUUUUUUUUUUUUUUUUUU